UGCCAAGUAUUGCCACUUCUCUGCUGAUAACCUGUGUGAACCUUGUGAUCAUGUGGUUAAGUCAUGUGUAAAGUAAUAUAGGAGUAAGCAGCGACAAAUAAUGCUUUCUUACUUUUUAUUUUUACUCUCCCCUCGUCUUUGUAUGAGUGUUACUAUCAAGCAGUUACUCAAAUGUUGCAAUAGACCUGUGUGAAGGUAAUUUGGCUCAGAGUUCAGGAGCUGCUCUUCAGUUUAAGUUCCUUGGUAUAGACAUGCAUGGAGGCUAGAUCAGCCAGUGGUUUAUAUUAGCAGGUGCCAGCGCCAUCUAGUGCACAGCUGUGUAUUGCCUGCAAAACAAAAAGAACCCUAAUCCAAAGUGGCAGAACAUUGGAUGACGCUGGCUUCUAUAAAAAGGGUAAUCUAGUUGUAAGUUUCUAUGGCAGCACCCCAUGUUUCUAUGGAAGCACUCUAACCCAGUAUUUUAGUAAUGCAGUAAGAACCACUCAGAGUGAAUAGAAAACAUCAUGAAAAGAUAAGGAGGCGGUAAAAGAAUAUUUAAGAAAGUACCACAGCACCACCUACUAACCUAAAUCAUCUCUGCUGUUGUGUCUGUAAUAGUGAUGUCUACAUGUCAGUCUGAGCCAUUCCAUGUUUUACUGUGAGCUUGAAUAUCCAAAGUAUACAUAAGAAGCAUGAGAGUGUCUAAUUAGGCUCAUAAUAAAACCUGAAAUGGCUCAAACUGCAAUGCAGUCCCAGUGAUUAAUUGAGUGACCUGCCCUGGCUGUCUGUAAUCAGAAUAGCUUAGUGUUCUACUUUUGUCACAGGUCAGCCUUACACUGCACUCACUGUCACUGCACUUUGCUCAUGUUUAUGGCAGGGGAUGUGUGAGAUGUAGAGUCACACACCAGUAAACCAGAAAAGGAUCAGCACAUUUUAAAGGAUGGCUCUGAUUUAGAAAAAACUUCUCUGGAAAGAUGUGUGACCAACCCCGUACGAGUCAGAGGAGGUCCGUAGACAGCACAUGCCUUGCCCGGUCCGGGCUCUGCUCUGUUACCUGGAUAGGACAGCGUCCUGGAGACUGUCCAAUCAGCUGUUUGUCUGUUAUGGGUCCCGCUCUAGAACACAGCAGUAUUAUGCUGUACAAAACUGGUGUAUCCUGCGGUAUGAGACAGUGGAUAGCCUAUGGGGUCCUUACUUGACCACUGUUAAGGGAGUGUUGACCCAGCAGGCAGACUGGACCUACUGGCAGCUCAUCAAGUCUCCAGACACACCUGAUAAAAGAAAAAAAGAUGACUUGAACAUGAUAUCAACUGAUGGGUUCCUAAAGUGUGGAAAGAAACGGGCUGGAAGGACGCCAAAGGAAAUGCUCCAUCUCCUGACUGCUGUUUUUGUAUGGCUUGUAACUGGCACUACAAUAUCAAGCUUAAACAAAUGGAUAUUUGCAGUGUACAAUUUCAGGUAUCCUCUGUUAUUGUCAUCCCUGCAUAUGCUCACAGCUAUUAUCAUUGAUUAUGGACUGAUCAAGCUGAGAUUCGUGAAGCAGAGGGGCAGCGACCGUGAUCUCAGUGCCAAUGCCAAAUUCAAGAUUUUUAUGUUAAGUUUAACUUUUUGUGCCAGUAUUGCCUUUGGGAAUGUUGGGCUGAAUUAUGUUCAGCUGUCCUUUGCACAGAUGAUCUACACCACCACCCCACUGUUUACCCUUGCCAUUUCUGCCCUCAUUCUUGGAAAGCAGCAUCAUAUACUGAAGUACACAGCUAUGAUGCCCAUUUGCCUGGGAGCCUCUUUCAGCAUCAUGGGAGAAGUGCAGUUCCAUCCGAAGGGAUGUUUCUUUGUCUGUGCUGCUACAAUGCUACGAGGUGUCAAAUCCAUUCAACAGAGUAUCCUCCUCAAAGAGGAAAAGAUCAAUUCAGUCUUCCUGCUCUACUUGAUGGCCAUUCCGAGUUUUUGCAUCCUCUUCAUUGCUGCGCUUGCACUGGAGAACUGGGCAGUGCUGGAGCCUCCUAUUAAAUAUGACCACAGACUGUGGGUGUUCAUCCUGCUGAGCUGCCUGGGGUCAGUCCUGUACAACCUCGCCAGCUUCUGUGUCCUCACCCUCACCUCUGCCGUUACGCUGCACAUCCUGGGCAAUUUAAACGUGGUGGGAAACCUGCUUCUCUCACAGUUCCUGUUCGACAGCGAACUCUCAGCGCUGAGCUGUGCUGGAGUUGUGUUGACGCUUUCAGGAAUCGUCCUGUAUCAAAACACAGACUACAUUGCAGAAUAUUUAGAUUCGAGAAAGACGCCUUCCGAGCCAGAGAAGGACUCCCAAGACUGAGUGAGCGGACACCCUGAGCGAUCAGGGGGGAAGUGUAGAGUGUUUACAGUGUUUCCAGGGGUGGUGUGCUAUCUUUGUUUGUAUCACAGACAGUGGCUUUCACAUAACCGUUAUAAAGAAGGUCUGUUCAAACUAACCUGCCAUAAUACUAGUGCCAUUUUAAAGUUUCCUUGUUUCCCCAGCUGAAAUUGAAAUUAACGUGAAACUAAAGGCUAUAAAACUAGAAGCAUCUUUUUUUAUUUUAAUGAACGCCUAUUUUUUUCAAAGGAGAACAUUCAGUGUUACAAAAUGAGAAACAAACAACUUGAGAGUGCUUAAGAGGCCUUGGAUUGUAUCAAUUACCAGAAGUCUGGUUCUAGUUUUGUGAAAUUAAGCAACGCUUUUCUCCUUUUUAAAAUACUAGGACUGAAUCAAAUAAUGGAGGAAAUACUUUGCAAAUGCGCCACAAAAUUCAAAUCCUUUCAGAAAAAUAAAAGUAAAUAGUUACAGCUAGAAUCCUGUGGUAAGGUCUGUUGCAGUAACAUGCACAAAAUAUCACUUUGGAUUUUCUUGCUUAGAAAUUUGCACACAGGGUACAUUUUAGGCAGCUAGAGUCGUACCAGAUAGUACCCAUAGUAUUGUGUCAUUACUAGUUUGAUUCAGUUCUGAGCAAUAGCCAGAAAUAAUUUUGUUCACAAUUUCCAACCCUUGGUAAAUAUGCAUUUUAGCUUCAGUGUUUAUGAAAGGCUGAAAGAGUUGCUUAACUUGAAGGUUUUUAAUAGCCUUUGAGGUAAUAAGGUGGAGACUACAAUGGCACUAGGUCCAGCUUUCCUACCCAUUGUCUCCUUUAUAAAACACAGUGCUUUAGCUAUCUAGUAUUAAAACAAAUACUAUCACAAGCAUCGCACCAAUGGAACUGAUGCAAAUGUUGAUGUCACUUACCCUUACGUGAAACGUGAAUUUGCACAAUAUAAUUUAUUUUUUUGGUUGAAAAGGCUGCCUUUUGAAAUAUACUCUUGUAUAACUUGUAUAUAACAAUACUGUUUUCAUUAGACGUAAAUAACUAUUAUAUUUAUGUAUUUUACAAAUACGAAGGACUGUAUAAAUACUGGUUGAAGAAAGAUUUGUUGUCUCUGUGUUUCUGUCUAUUUUAAUUCAAGACACUUGUUUAUAUAAACUGAUGUAUUUUCACUGA